GGUCUACGCGCUGACGUCUGACGCAUAAGAGGGGCAGCGGCGCAUGCGUGCGGCACACGGGGAGCGCGUGUGCAGUCACAGUGGCCAGAGUGCAGUAUUGGUCAUCUGAGAGGCAUGGCUGUGUCGGGCUGUGUGGGGAGCCCGCCUGCUUGGGUCAGCGGCAACAAGACCAUCCUGGUGAGGCAUCUCCCGUCCGAGCUGACCUGCAGCGAGAAGGUGGAGCUGCUGAAGUAUUUUGGGGCCAAGUCGGUGAGAGCGUUAGCAGACAAAGGAAGGCUGAAACAUACGGCUUUUGCCACUUUCUCGUCCACCCAUGCAGCGGCCAAGGCGCUGUCCCGGCUGCACCAGUUGCGAUGUUUGGGCCACACGCUGGUGGUGGAGUUUGCCAAGGAGCAGGAAGGGCCAGCGGCAACACCGGACUCGGAGCAGCGGUCUGGAGGCAGCAAACCGACAGACAAAUCUUCAAGCGGCAAGGAUGAGAAGGAGAUUGUAAAACCUAAAUUACCAGUUAUAGAGAAUGGCAUUGCUCCCAGUUUGGGACUGAGCUACUCCACAAACCCGUGCCUGAGGUAUCUUUACCCGCCACCAACCAGCAUCAUCCUGGCCAACAUCGCCAAUGCCAUGGCCAGCGUGCCCAAGUUCUAUGUACAGGUGCUGCAUCUGAUGAACAAGAUGAACUUGCCGUCUCCAUUUGGCCCCAUCACUGCUCGCCCCCCAAUGUACGAGGAAUAUGUCCCUGCCCCCCCGCCCAUGCCCCCCUUCCCCCCCGAUCAGCCCCCCAUCCCAGAGGAAGAGAUGGAAGUCUCCAGCGAGGAGGAGUCCGAGUAUGAAAGUGGGAGCGAAGAGGAUAAAGAGAGAAUGCUGCGACUGAUGGGGCUGGCGUCACAGCCACCGAGACCCUCACGCAAGAGGAAGCGAGUGUCUGUUCGCAAGCAGCCGCGCAUCAAGGACUUGAUCGGCCCGGUCAAGACCCCGUCACAGAGUCCCCACGCUGCCGUGCCCCCCGUCAGAGGGUGUUUGACCUGCCCGCUGACCCAGGGCCAGAAGAAGAUCGAGUUCCACAUCUCGGCCGACGUGAGCGGCCUGCUGGACACAGGAGGGGAGCAGCAAGCAGAGAGCCGGGACGAUGGCGAGUCCCAGAGUCUGGGCUUCGGCAAGAUGCAGCCGGCCCCGGUCACCGUGAGGAGUGAGGCGGAGGAAGAGGAAUG